AAUUGAAAUUUAAAACACUGAAUGAGUCCACAUCUGGUGGGUAAACAGAGCUCUCUCGAAGUGAAAUGCAGUUCGUGGGCUGCCAGCCGGUGACCUCAGCCUUAGGCUAAUCAUUCUUUGGUUCACAUGUUCAUCAUCUGUAAACUUGAAGGUGUUGAAGACAGUCUCAGAAUUCUUUUUCUAGCUCAAUGCGUCUAAAGUUCAAAAGAGGAAAAUGUCAGAAUGUUUCAGUUUUAAGAGGUAGUUGAGAAGAUCAGCAAUAAUCAUAGUACCUUGAGAAGUUGUCCUGAGCUUUGCAUUUGACAUACCGCUGUUGUGUCUGCAUCUCUUAAUCCUCACUUCAUCUUGUGAAGGAGGCGUCAGAGUCCAGGUUACAAAGUCAUGUCAUCCCAUUCGAAGUCCAGUGCUGUUUUUUAACAGUCUUUGAAGGCUCUGAACAUCGGUGCUUUAGGAGGGAGAGUGGUUGUGGGGGACUGUGAGAUGGCCUUCCGCUCAGUUGAAGGCAGGUCCCUCUCUGGAUUUAGAACCCAGGUUGGUUGAAGUGUCAAGGUUUUUGGGGAAGAGUUGAGCCUUCGUGAGAAAUCUCCUAAGGCAGAAAUCAGCCCACUUUCAUCUUAGCCGGUGCCAGGCAUACUACCAGUCACACAGUUAAGUUCUUUGUAUCAGUAAAUCAAUGGAUAAAUUGAUGCUUCAAAGAAGAAAUCAAAGGCUUUAAAUCAAGAUGGCUGAGAAUUUUGUCCAGAGAAUUUCAAGAAUAGUCAGAUGCUUCUGGUUCAAUUUCAGAAGCUCCAGCAACUGCGCCUUACCCAGUACCAUGGAGGAUCUUUACCGAAUGUGAGCCAGCUGCGGAGCAGUGCGUCAGAGUUUCAGCCGUCAUUCCACCAAGCUGACAAUGUUCGGGGAACCCGCCACCACGGGCUGGUGGAGAGGCCGUGCAGGAACCGCUUCCACCCCCUCCACCGAAGGUCUGGGGACAAGCCAGGGCGACAAUUUGAGGGUAGUGCUUUUGGAGCUAAUUACUCCUCACAGCCUCUGGAUGAGAGUUGGCCAAGGCAGCAGCCUCCUUGGAAAGAAGAAAAGCAUCCUGGGUUCAGGCUGACAUCUGCACUUAACAGGACCAAUUCUGAUUCUGCUCUUCACACGAGUGCUCUGAGCACCAAGCCCCAGGACCCCUAUGGAGGAGGGGGCCAGUCGGCCUGGCCUGCCCCAUACAUGGGUUUCUGUGAUGGUGAGAACGAUGGACAUGGGGAAGUAGCGUCUUUCCCUGGCCCACUGAAAGAAGAGAACCUGUUACAUGUUCCGAAGCCACUGCCAAAACAACUAUGGGAGACCAAGGAGAUUCAGUCCCUGUCAGGACGCCCUCGAUCCUGUGAUGUUGGAGGUGGCAGUGCGUUUCCACAUAACGGUCAAAACCUGGGCCUCUCACCCUUUUUGGGGACUCUGAACACUGGAGGGUCGUUGCCAGAUCUAACCAACCUCCACUACUCGGCGCCCCUGCCGGCCUCCCUGGACACCAGCGACCACCUCUUUGGUAGUAUGAGUGUGGGGAAUAGUGUGAGCAACCUCCCAGCUGCUAUGACUCACCUGGGUAUCAGAGGCUCCUCUGGUCUCCAGAGUUCUCGGAGUAACCCCUCCAUCCAGGCCACGCUCAAUAAGACUGCGCUUUCGUCUUCCCUAAAUAACCACCCACAGACAUCUGUGCCCAGUGCAUCUGCCCUUCACCCUUCACUCCGUCUGUUUUCCCUGAGCAACCCAUCUCUUUCCACCACAAACCUGAGCGGCCCCUCCCGGCGGCGGCAGCCCCCCGUCAGCCCCCUCACGCUUUCUCCUGGCCCGGAAGCACAUCCAGGUUUCAGCAGACAGCUGUCUUCAACCAGCCCACUGGCCCCAUACCCUGCCUCCCAGAUGGUAUCAUCAGACCGAAGCCGGCUUUCCUUCCUGCCCACAGAAGCUCAAGCCCAGGUGUCCCCACCGCCCCCGUACCCUGCGCCCCAGGAGCUCACCCAGCCUCUCCUGCAGCAGCCCCACGCCCCGGAGACCCCUGCCCAGCAGCCCCCGGCAGCCUCUUCCCUUCCACAGUCAGACUUUCAGCUUCUCGCAGCCCAGGGCUCAUCUUUGACCAGCUUCUUCCCAGAUGUGGGUUUUGACCAGCAGUCCAUGAGGCCAGGCCCGGCCUUUCCUCAACAGGUGCCCCUGGUGCCACCAGGCUCCCGAGACCCGCAGGACUCUUUCCAUUUGAGACCAAGCCCAUAUUCCAACUGUGGGAGUUUUCCUAACGCCGUCCUGACAGAAGACGCCAGCUCCAGCCUGUUCAAAGACCUCAGCAGCGCACUGGCAGGCCUGCCCGAGGUCAGCCUGAAUGUGGACACUCCAUUUCCACUGGAAGAGGAGCUGCAAAUCGAACCCCUGAGCCUGGACGGACUCAACAUGUUAAGUGACUCCAGCAUGGGCCUGCUGGACCCCUCUGUUGAAGAGACGUUUCGAGCUGACAGACUGUGAACAGACUCCAGGGCAACAGCCAACACAGAAUGGAAUAGAAUGGAGCCAGCUGCCACCCCGGGCUGUAGUUAUCUUGACACGGAAGGAGCCAGUGCCACAGUCUAGGCUUUCCAGUGAGGUCCCGUCACAGACACGGUGGCGUCCUCCAGGUCACACAGCCAUGUCCUGCUGUCCGGCCUGUGGCCAACUUCGUGUUGCAGCAGGUGGGCUGCUUGGAGCUGCCGUGGACUGGAAAGCUUCUCUCCACUCCGUCUUUGUGUUGGCCAUCCAGUCAAUCGCUGUGCAGAGCGAUCGAUGUGCAGUGUCACGGGAGGCCUCCAUAGCAUCGCGUAGUGCUCAGAACCACUGAUUUCCGUCCGCACCAACGGUGGGCCUGGAGCAGCGGCGGGAGGGAGCGCCUCGAUGCCUGCUCAGACCUGACCCGGAGGGCGAGCCCCUCUAGCAGAGGACAUCCCCAGGCUGAGCGGACACCCCGGCUCUCGUCCGUGCCUGAACGACAACAUGAAGUUUUGCCCUAAGUCUGGGGCAGGCUGGAGUCAGGCAGACGGAGGCUCAUUUCAUUUUCCCCCAUGUGGUUUCUGCUGUUUUCAGUACCAUUUCCUUCUGGACCGGAAGAGGAGGAAGACCAUUUUCUCUAGUCACUGAAGAGUCCCGUGGCACUGAUGAGCCUGACGAGAACCAUGCUUCUUCCUGGGGGGUGGGGAAGGAAGACACAGACUGCAGGUGGCCUCUGACAAACUCCAGAUAAGCACAGAGCUCCCCCCUUAGAGCAGCUAGAAGGAGCUGAGGUGCUAACCACACCCACCGAUCGGCCGAGCUUCCCAUCCUGCCCCAGAGCUGUGUCUGUGCACUGGGGGUUUCAUGUCCCCCACACAGACCGUAAGCUCCUUGAGGGCAGGGACAGUGCCUUAUUCAUUGUUGAACUCGUGCAUGGCAGCACAUUCGUGUGCCGGAGUGAGCGCUGUGACCCGUGUGUGCGGUGCAUGAUGAGUGACUGGUCCCCCACGCUGUAAGGCGGGCUAAUCUAGCUGUCCCCACUCCCUGCCAAAUCUCAGAGCUCUAGAUAUUCACGCACUGGUGCCUGUGGUGAAGCACGCACUUUAAUAUGCUUUUAACACUAGGUGAGCAAACCCGCAGUGAAGCUGGGCGCCGCAUUCUCCCGGGGCUGCGUUCCAUGCGGGCGGCUGGGAGCUAUCUUCUGUCCAUCCGGAAGGGCUGAGCAGGUGGGGGCCCUGAGGGACCUCUCAGAUACAUGUUUUCCUCUAACUUCUGUGGUCAAGUAGAGAUUCAUUCUUUGGGGUUGAAAAAAGAGUUUACAGUGAAAGGAAGGCCUAAUUUAUGGAAGCACCUUUACUCAUUAGUACCUUCUCGUAAAACAGAUGGACCAGAUUCCCACCUCUGCCUGCCUCCGCUAACUUAGGGUAGCCCAGGAGGUUUGCAGGGGAGAGCACUGCAGGGGAGGGGUCUAGGCUGAGAGAAGACAGGGUGCAGAGGAGGAGAACCUGAAAGAGAGACAAGAGGACAGCCACUGCCCUUCCAGGAGUGUCACUGAGGGUCACUGGACUGCCCCACCCAGAGGAGCAAGGCAGCGUGAGGGGCUGAAUCCAGCACACCUGUCCCUGGUGCAGAAGGAGGUGUCGCCAGGAGACCCUGGGCUGGCUCGCCCCUCUAAACCUCAUUCCAUUUCUUCUUCUGACCUUGCCUCUAAUCUUUAACCCUCGGGGGUACCCCUCUGCGCCUUCCUCUAGAAUCCGAGUAUUCCUGUUUCACAUCUGCCCCACAUCUUUGCUGUGGAAUUAGGACAUCAAACCAGAGUCCUCCUCACCUGAUUCCCAGCUCCAGAAGGGCCUGCCCUCACCAGCCCUGUUCCCAGUUACACUUUCAGAUCCCUUUGUGCUCAAGAUCUCAGAGGGGAUGACUUUGUUCAAGAGCCUUUGGUCUUAAUGCUACCCACACCCCAGUGUGCCAGAAGACGCCAGCUCCAGCGUCAAAGGUCCCCCUAACCUGAUUUCAUUCCCAACGGGAUGGUGCUGAUGUUAUCAGGGUUCUGAAGUCCCAGCAUAGCCCACUCUUCACAUAGUGCCUUACCCAUGGGGGUCGUCACAGGGUCCCAGUUCAGUCUGUCUGCACAGCAGCCACCCUGCCAGGCCACAGGAGACCCCCGACCUACACAGUGAACCACACUGCCCACCAGCAUCCUCCAGGUGCCUUGUGAAAAUGGGGGCCACCAGGGGGGGUGACUGGUGGCAGUAUGGCUUAGCACUGAAUUCAGCUUGUCCUGAGGUCUGUCAUUCCGCUCUCUCCAGAAGGGGUUUGGGCAUUUUACAACUCACCACUGCCAGGUCGGGUGGGCUGCACUCACUGCGGCCUUUGUCACAAAGCCAGUCGUGGCCCUCGGCUGCAUACGUCAUAGUAAACUAUUCUUCAGUAUUUAGUUUUGUCACAAGAAAUCGAUCAUUGUACUACUCACAGCAGUUAAACAGCAUAGAACUAAAAAGCCUGCAUUUCCACUUUUUCUUUCUGUAUGGUUGUGGGUUUUAGGACAUAGGGCAUUAGGAGAAACUUUUCCUGAUCAUGUCAGAAGUUCUUCUUUGUCCCUUUUCUCCUGUUUCAUUUCUCCUCCAUCUACUGUCUAUUACCUGAGCUGAAGCAUUGUAUCUUCAAGUCCAGACGCGCAUCUGGAGACACUGCCCAUUCCGACUCGUUGGCUCUUCUGAUUUAUGCACAGAUGGUUCCCAGCAUGCGUCCAGUGCUUUGUGGAUGGGACCAUCAUCAGCCUUCCGGCCAGUGUCCGAACCCAGGGCACCCUGUCCAACCAUAUUUAAAGAUUGGGAUUUGUAUAAAGUUGCUUCCAAGUUUUAUAAUGCAUCAUUUUUCAUCUUUCGUAAUUAAAAGCAGCACAAUGUGGUUGUCUCUGCA